UGAUCUGUAAGCUUUCACAGGGGAGAGACAGGAAUGUGGAGAGGAGCGACAACAACGAUGGCUGAGCGGAGCCACAGUCCAUCUAAAAUGCGUUUAUUUUACACUGUGGCCAUCUGGCUGACAUUCAUCCACUGCACCGAAGGAAUCCCAUGGACGCAAGAAAAGCUGCAUCACAGGGCUCUAACUCUAACACGAGAUGAGAUCACUACGGCUCUGUCUCACACUGACCUGGAGCAGAUGUGGCAGAGGGACCUGAGGCCGCUGCUGGUUACCAGGUACCCAGGCUCUGCAGGCAGCCUCGCCGUGCAGGAGCACAUCAAAACAACCCUGGCUGGCCUCGGAGCAGGCUGGGAGGUGACAGAGGAUAAAUUUAUGUCACAGACGCCCUACGGCGCCCUGCCCUUCACUAAUCUAGUCGCCACCCUCAACUCAUCAGCCAAGCGCCGCCUGGUCCUGGCCUGUCACUACGACUCCAAGUACUACCCACCACAGUGGCACGGCAGGGAGUUCCAAGGCGCCACUGAUUCUGCCGUUCCCUGUGCCAUGAUGUUGGAGCUGGCUCGGGCCCUGGAUGAAGAACUGAAAGCUCAGAAGACCUCCAGCCCUGACUUGACCCUGCAGUUGCUCUUCUUUGAUGGAGAGGAGGCUCUUUUCCAGUGGACUGCCACGGACUCCCUCUAUGGCUCUCGCCACCUGGCCCAGAAGAUGGAGACGACCCCACACCCCGCCGGAGCCACAGACACCAACCAACUCCACGGCAUGGAUCUGUUUGUGUUGUUGGACCUGAUCGGGGGUCCCACCCCACGCUUCGGCAACCAGUUCCCCGGCACAACGCACUGGCUGUCCAGACUGCAGAACAUUGAAAAGCGUUUACACUCCAUGAACCAGCUUGCAGAUCAUCCUAACAGCGUGCAGUAUUUCUGGCCCAAUCAUCGUGUUGGCCACAUAGAAGAUGAUCAUAUACCAUUCCUUAGCAGAGGUGUACGCGUCCUCCACCUGAUCCCCUCCCCCUUCCCCUCCGUGUGGCACACAUUUGAGGACAACGAGCAGAACCUGGAUCGCUCCACCAUUCAGAACCUCAACAAGAUCCUGCAGGUUUUUGUUCUGGAGUACCUCAACACCAGACCUACACCAGCCCCCACAACGCCAACCCCACAGAAUGCCCCAUAAAAAAAAACAAUAUACCAAUUGUUUCUUUUGAUGUUUCACUGUAGUAAAGAUCUUCAACUGGUAUUUUAUGGAUUGAGAGAAAACACUGUAUUGAAUUCAAAGCAGAAAUCAUUUAUCAUAGAGAAUUAAGAGAUGCUUCGUGUGAUCUACAUGGAUAAGUACAUUCAUACAGUUAUAGUCUGAAAUCUUUGUCUAAGCAUAUUCUGCUUUUUUACAUGUCCAUGAAAUGUACUUUCUUCCCAAAUGGAUCCAUAAAAGACUUCAAGCUCUCUUUCCUUUAAUUCCCCCAGCAACACGAUCAGAAACACAGGAUCUACUGUGUGGUUUUUUAACUACACUGCUCUCUUUAUAUCCCCUUAAAACCCUCCUUUACACUGUGAUGAGGCAUCUUAGGCCCUGCUCAGACCUGGCUUUAACAUGCAUCAGUGUCAGCGCUAAUGUCUAGGAUCUAAUGUCUCGAUGAGAAGGAAAAAGAGCAGUGCAGAGGUAAAUGAAAAUAAUAAUUGUGAGCUGGUAAAAUGCUCUGACACACCCUUCAUUUUUUACCACAUUUAGUUACCUGAGAACAUUCGAAUACAUGAAUGCAAGUCCAAAGUUUGUGAGUUUCAGUUGUAGCCUGAAAACACUUGCCUAUAUGUCAUGAAAUAACACCCCUGAUCUGUCAUGUUGUGUGAUAAAUAUAUACAAUAUGGCACCAAAACACAGAGUACGUGUGUGUUACAGGGUAUUACAGCUACAGGGUACGAGACAUUUUCUCUUCAGUAAAUCUGUUCAGGGUCAGGAAGUGGCUGUAUUUGUAUUCUAACAACAUCUUUAGCUCUUCAUAUCCUGUCAUCUUAGAUAGUGAAGUGGAUAACUUCCUGUGCUGAUGUUUUGCCUGCCUUUGUUUAUAUGACAUUAUUAGCCCAUCUUAAUGCAGAUCCCUGAAUAAUAUACAGUGCCAAAUGUGGACUUCCUGUAUUUUGAAACUGAAAUAAAUGUUGGUUAUCUUUA